AUGACUUCGAACAUGAACUUCACCGAUAGGGCGAGCAAGGCUCUGUCCGAUGCCAUGGCAAUCGCAGAAUCCUAUGCUCACCCUCAACUACUACCCCUCCAUCUCGCCUCCAGUUUACUCGACCCUCCCAUCGACGAGUCCAAGGACCAGCAACAAACGGUCAACGCCUCCCAUGGAUCUGCCUCACAAUCACUAUUCCGACAAGUCGUCGAGCGGGCUCAUGGCGACCCUCAAGCCUUCCAACGAGCCCUCAAUCGAGCUCUCGUCCGACUUCCGAGUCAGAACCCUCCACCAGACCAAAUAUCCAUGGCACCCUCUUUCACGAAAGUCCUCAGACAAGCCAACGAGUUACAAAAGACACAGAAAGACUCUUUCAUUGCAGUCGAUCACUUGAUCAUUGCUCUGUCGGAGGAUCCUACAUGCCAGGCUUCACUGAAGGAGGGCAAUAUCCCGAACGUUAAGGUGUUGCAGGAUGCAGUCCAGAGUAUCCGAGGCACCCGCAGAGUCGACUCGAAGACUGCAGACACAGAGGAGGAGUUUGAGAACCUGAAGAAGUUCACCAUCGACAUGACUGCCAUGGCAAGGGAGGGAAAGGUUGACCCUGUCAUUGGCCGAGAGGAGGAGAUUCGCCGAGUCGUCCGAAUCCUGUCCAGACGAACCAAGAACAAUCCAGUCCUGAUCGGAGAGCCCGGUGUGGGAAAGACAACUGUGGUUGAGGGUCUGGCACAACGUAUCGUCAAUAAUGAUGUUCCAGACAACCUCGCCGCCUGCAAGUUGCUCUCGCUGGAUGUUGGUUCGCUUGUUGCUGGCAGCAAAUACCGAGGAGAAUUCGAGGAGAGAAUGAAGGGCCUUUUAAACGAAAUUGAGCAAUCGAAGGAAUUCAUUGUUCUUUUCGUCGACGAGAUGCAUCUUCUCAUGGGUGCUGGGUCAAGUGGUGAAGGUGGCAUGGACGCUGCCAAUUUGCUGAAGCCCAUGCUGGCCAGAGGACAACUACAUUGCAUUGGUGCAACGACACUCGCCGAGUACCGCAAAUAUAUCGAGAAGGAUGCUGCAUUUGAAAGACGUUUCCAACAAGUUCUCGUCAAGGAGCCCACCAUUCCCGAGGUCAUUUCAAUUCUCCGAGGUUUGAAGGAGAAGUACGAAGUUUAUCACGGUAUCACCAUUUCAGAUGGUGCUAUUGUGGCUGCAGCUACUCUAGCUGCUCGCUAUCUCACUCAGAGACGACUUCCUGACUCGGCUGUAGAUCUCAUCGACGAGGCUGCAGCUGCAGUCAAGACCGAACGAGAAUCACUCCCAGAAGCACUCGACAACCUCAAUCGUAAGCUUCAACAACUCAAGAUUGAAAUCCACGCCUUAUCACGAGAGAAGGACGAAGCUGCCAAGGCUCGUCUCGCCCAAGCCAAGCAGGACGCCAGCAACUGCGAGGAGGAACUGAGACCUCUUCGUGAGAAAUACGAGAGCGAGAAGAACCGAAGCAAGUCCAUCCAAGAAGCCAAAGUCAAGCUGGAUCAACUUCGUGUCAAGAAAGACGAAGCUAUGCGAAUGGGAGAUGAUCAAAAGGCUGCAGACUUGACAUACUACGCCAUCCCUGAGCAGGAAGCUUUCAUCAAGCAAUUGGAGAAAGAGAAAGUGCUUGCAGAUCAGGCUUUGAGCGCCAGCAACCCAGAUGGCGGCGGAUCACUGAUUACCGACGUUGUUGGACCAGAUCAGAUCAACGAGAUCGUUGCUCGCGCAACUGGUAUCCCUGUCAACAGGCUCAAGGCUACCGAGAAAGACAAGCUCCUGCAGAUGGAGAAAGUUCUGUCCAAAAUCGUUAUUGGUCAGAGAGAGGGUGUUAAAGCGGUUUCCGACAAGAUCCGGCUGCAAAGAUCUGGAUUGUCAAACCCGAAUCAGCCGCCCAGUUUCCUCUUCUGCGGUCCCUCCGGUACUGGUAAGACUCUUCUCACGAAGGCUCUUGCCGAGUUCCUUUUCGACGACCCAAAGGCUAUGAUCCGACUCGACAUGUCCGAGUACCAAGAACGCCAUACCGUCAGUCGUAUGAUUGGUGCCCCUCCAGGAUAUGUCGGUCAUGAUGCUGGUGGACAGCUUACCGAGGCUCUCCGCCGAAAGCCUUUCUCAAUCUUGCUCUUCGAUGAGGUUGAGAAGGCUGCCAAGGAGGUCCUUACCAUUCUCCUCCAACUCAUGGAUGAUGGUCGUAUCACCGACGGCCAAGGACGUGUCAUCGAUGCCCGAAACUGCAUUGUUGUCAUGACAUCCAACAUUGGAGCAGAAUACCUUCAAAGAGCCACCACACUCAAUGGCAAGAUCGACGAUACCACCAAGGCUCUCGUUACUAAAGCAUUGGAAGACUACUUCUUGCCCGAAUUCCUCAAUCGGAUCAGCGAGACUAUUAUCUUCAACCGUCUGUCCAAGAACGAGAUCCGCAAGAUCGUCGACGUCCGUCUCAGCGAAAUCCAGAAACGCCUCUCUACCAAUGGCAGAAAUGUCAUUAUCGACUGCUCGCCCGCUGUACGCGAAUGGCUCGGAAAUGCUGGCUACCAUCCAAGCUACGGAGCCAGACCUCUUGCCCGACUCAUCGAGACUGAAGUCCUCAACAAGCUCGCUGUUCUCAUCCUCAGAGGCUCAAUCAAGGAUGGAGAGACGGCCAGAGUCGUCAUGGAUAAUGGCCGUAUCCGCGUCCUUUCCAACCACGAAGAAUCUGACUCGAGCAGUGACGAUGAAGAGAUGGACGAUGCGGAUGUCACGGAGGCAUUGGGUGGUGAUGAGAAUGAAAUGGAGCUUUAUGAUUAG